AUGAAGAUCUUCGUCAGAAUCAUCACUGAAAGGACAAUCACUCUCGAUGUCAACCCCGCAGAUAGCAUUGAAGAUGUUAAGGCCGAGAUUGAGAGAAAGGAAAAUAUCCCUCCUUAUAUGCAGAUAUUACUGUUUUUGGGAAGACCGAUGAAGAAUGAUCGUUCCCUGUCCUACUAUAAUGUACAGGAGGAAUCCAUUCUUCACUUGGCACUGCGUUUGAGAACGGAUUUUCAGAUCUUUGUUGAGGUCUUUCCUGGGAAAACCAUCAAUCUUGUGGUUGAUCCAUUGGAUACAACUGAAAAUGUCAAGGUAGAAGUUCAAAAUAAAGAAGGAAUUCCUGUUUGUCAACAGAAGAUGAUUUUUGCCGAGAGACAGCUAGAAGAUGAACUUACAUUGGCUGAUUUUAAAGUGAUAUAUGGCGUAUUUUUGAUAAGUUCAGACUAA